GGUUAGCACCCUUUCAGCUUGGGUGCGUGCCGUCAUUUCGGGGUUUGGCCCGAUGACCUAAAAUUGGCCACGUUGGUUUGUCUGUGACCUCCUCUGUUGAACGCCGUCUCCCCCGCGAUGCUAGCUUACUGUCACUGGGCUGAGGCUGCGUCGAAGCACGCCGGGUUUACAUGGGGAGCGUCGUAUUGCACGACAAUCAUGAAUCAGGGCUGUUCAUAGAGGUUACCGGCGGUUUGGUGGUUGUAUCGAUAGAUGGGGCCUCUUGUUUGUUGACGCUACGUAGGCUCUUUGCUUUUUGUAUCCCGUAGUUCGAGAACGAAGCCCUAGUGCAACGUGAAAAUUGUGUAGUGUCCUUGGUAAACUGCGAUGCUGCAAGGGUAUAUACCAUGCUCUGAGCCAGCCUUUUAGGGACGGGAAGUCUGCUGUCAGGCCGUGAUCAAUAUCCCCUACUACGCUGUAACAUUCUGUCGCUUUACCUGUCGCAGUGUUCGGGCCGCUACGGUUAGAAGCCGAGAAGCAGAAAAAACGUAUAGAGGAACACACAGAUAAGGGAGAGCUCCAAAAAAAAUACCACGGUCACCCUACGCCAGAGACAAGUAGCAACUCCCACAGCGUGUCUCCAUUCACGAUAAAAUAUCCGACACAAAAUCUCUUGCUGCUCCUUCAAAUCGUCGUUGGAAAACGAAUAUAUCGGCGCUUAGCUUCCACACGUCUCGGAAUUUCGUCAUCGGCGUCUACUCCGCGCCCUGUUCUGUUUAUAGCUGGUUGUUGAGCCAGCUUACCAGUGGGUGGUCGUCUGUUGCGGUGCCGGUGGUCAGCUGCCCACGAUCACACCGCCAAAUCAACAUUCCCCAGUCACUCUCCAAUUUUCUUGCUAUAUCACCACAGAAGGCCUUUGCCGAAUCUAUUCUUCCCUUCAAUUUUAUUGAAUCUCGAAUCGUCUAAUCGGAAUCGCGAACUGGAAAAUACACCGGUACCUUCACAAAAUCAACUACGCCCAAGGGAUACGAGAGACGUACAGUGUGCCUCGAGCUGAGAAACGAACGCCCUGACGCCUUUUCCUAAUUCGGCACAACACCAUUACACCGACCUAUUGAAUUUAGCCCCCCAAGUCGAUUCGAAUUGUCUCUCUUUGCUUUUUCCUACUUGAAAGACUUGCGGUGCUUGCACGAUGGAACACUCGGCUGCGGCUCGCCCUAACAUGACUUAUACUCCCACCGCUGCUGGCAACAGCCCGUGGAAUAACCCAAGAAACAGUUACAUGCCAACAUCGGACCCCAAGGAGCGGCCACGCAACGAUAUGUUUGCGCAGGCAAGCUUGAAUUAUUUAGGAAACUCCUUCAAUGCUCGGCCUGACCACGCAAACUACGCUGCACAGCCGAUGCCUGUUUCAGGCGGCUCGUCGAUGGCUCCAUUCGGAUCAUACCAGAGCUCGAACAACUCCUGGGAAUAUCACGAACGUUACUCUCCCACUGAUUCUGUUGACGACAUCAUGGCAUCUCCUGAUCUGUCUGAAUACUCCUUGGAAGCCGGAAUGGACCCUGCCUUUGCUGGACGCCGGCCAAAGCCCAAUCCCAGGAAUCGUUCACAGAGACGUCCGUCUAACCGCGAUGAAUUUGAUGGACCACACCAGUUUCUCCAGCGACCUCCAGCCGACGUGAUUGCCAUGCAAGAGAGAGAGUUGCCUCAUCUUCCAACCAACCUGCAUGUCCAGGAACAAGAUGUUGUUCUUAGCCAGGUUAACGAUCGCCUUUCGCAGUGUGCGUUUGACUUUGUCGCCAAGUAUCAGUUUCCAAUCCCACUUUCGCAAAACAUGCGACCUGUGGAACGCCCACAGGACCGUGAAUGGACAGAAUGGGUUUACCUUCUUAAGCGACUGGCUACCAAACGACGCAUCCCGGCCCGCGUUCUCUACAAUGGCCAGAUUAAGCAGUUUGUUACUGUACUUGAGAAUUCGCUGGAAAUGAGGCACGCAUCCAAGCACCAAAGCCGCCCUCUGAAGGAUGAUCGUAAUAUUUUGCAAUUGAUCUCUGCUGGCAUCCAGGUAGCCAAGAUUCUCAAGGAUGCAUCUGCAAUGGAUUACCUGGACAAGCUCUACAUCUCUACCGAGAAGCAGAUCCAUGAGCGCACUUCUACCCGGUUCCGCUAAGGAAUCACCUCUUACCAAAUCAUACCAAACCAGACCUAUGACCACGUUUACAGGCAUCGCACUGUUCAGCACCCCAGUUAGCAGGACGCUUAGCUACCGGGUGACAGAUAUAUCACGAACCAGCACCUUGUUCUUCUUUCUUUUUGUUUACAUUUCAUUGCAUGAUGAAAUCUACCGAUUUAUAACACCACAGCGUGCAGCAUCAGUCUGCCGCUGAUUCGCAUUGUUGCAUACUACGGCGCUAUCCAUUUUUCACGGCCACGCGCUACUGGUUUCCUACCAGUAGUCCAAUUUCCAUUACUUUACAGCAUAAAGAGCUCACCAGUUAUACGAAGUUUCAUGAGAAUCGAUAUUUGCAUGAUUCCAGAUCUGUUUUAGAUCUAUGAACACAAUAGCGGCUUCGGGGAACCACAACGGAAGAUGACUUCCUAGCCAGGCCCUAUUCAUGAUGACUACUAUAUUGUUAUUUUUACGCGUUUGAAUCCAACAUUUGGCAGCAGUCUAAGGAUCAGCUAGCAUUCGCAAGCUUUUGUCAGAUUUCUUUGCAUCAACCAAUUAUAUGCCAACAGGCAUCAUAGACACACACAGACAGAUAUUUUAUAAGCCUCCCAGAAGUUUUAAUUAAAAAAACGAUUUCUGUAAACCAUUUUUCUUUUACAAGCGAUUUUAUUGCAUGUGUGACAAGUAAAAAAAGAACAAAAAUAGGCAGAAUUGAAU